ACCUAGUCCGCUGUCCGGCUAAUUUUGCUGAGUUGGUUGUUUACAAACACGGAAUCUCUGUGCACGGAACAUUUUCAUCGAUAUUAUAUUACACUGUAAAUGUUCUGAAGUUAAUCAUGUCAGGGCAGAUAGAGAAAAUAGUUCAAGUGUACAAAACAUUGGCUAAAAUACCCUCUAUUGUUGGAGGAAGAUUGAACAAGAGUGGUACGAGGAUCUCUUCUAAAUGGUCAGUCAGAAACCUUGAUAGAGGCAAGAAUAGCCAGUAUAUUGUAGACUAUGUGCUCGACGGUGAACUGAAAGUGAUUGCUGAGAGUGAUUUUGGUGUAGAUGUCAGUAAUGAAUUACUAUCCUCCAUAUCACCUAAUGACACUUACAAAGCAAUAAUAAGAGAAGAGAAGAACGGCAAGGACAGCAAAAAGUGCUUCCUCGAAGUGUGGUCCAAGAGCUGCCUGGCGCAUACAAUUGAUUUAACUGCACUUGAUGUGCAUGGCGAUGUUUAUGCUGAUGGUGAGUUUGGCAGUCUAGACUGGUCACCAGAUGAAAAGAGUUUGAUAUACAUUGCUGAGCAGAAACCUAAGAAAUCUGAGGCGUAUAUUAAAAGGAAGGCGGUUGACAGCGACAAGAAUGAAGGUAGCGGGGAUAAAAAAGUUACACCUGGUGAAGAGUAUAUUUACAAACCGGACUGGGGCGAACAACUUGUUGGCAAGAAACAGUCUGUCAUUGUUAAGUGUGACUUGGAGAAUGAAGCUAUUACAGUAUUGCAAGGAGUACCAGACGAUUUAUGUCCUGGACAGGUUCGAUUCUCGCCCGAUGGUAAAGGCAUAGUUGGCGUAGCGUGGAAGACACAGGAUCCUAGCCGCUUGGGACUCAUAUAUUGUACGAAUCGUGAGAGCCAAAUAUUCUGGCUGACCUUUGAAGGCGUUUACAGAAGUCUAAGCAAAUCGUCCGGUGUGUCAGUGCUAUCUCCUCGCUUUUUACCAAACGGGGCCCUUGUGUGGUUACAGAGGGGCUCCGGGGGCCCGCAUGAUGCUUGUCAUCAGCUGGUUAAGUUGGAUAGGGAUAUGAUCGAAGAAAUUUUAAAAUCAGAGCAAUCGGAAAUAAAAGAAACAAUCCUUAUAGACAUAGUACAGACCAGUAUUAAAAUAUCGAACGGUGAUUUCUUCGGCGUAUACACGCAUAAUUUGCCGGCCAAGUGUGUGUCGGCGGAUGGGAAGAGGAUCGUGUUUAAUACCGUGAAGCAAGUGGAAGUUAAUAGCUAUGUUAUGGAUAUGGAAAGCGGUGUAAUAACUAACAUAUCGCCGCAACAAGCUGGUUCAUGCUCAGUACUAAGUGUAAGGUCUGAUGUCGUGUUGGCCACCUUCUCGAAUAUAACCACUCCAGGACAGCUAUACGUAGCAAAAUUACCCAGCCCGGGAUCAGAACACACGAUACAGUGGAAGCCGGUGGGAAUACCAACCCCUAUACCAGAGGGGUUGGGCAAUGCCGAAGUGAAGUAUAUGUAUCUAGAACAUGAGAACUGUGAUGAUGACGUCAAGUCAUUCACGGCGAUAUACAUAAGUGGGUCUACAGAGAAAUGUCCGCUAGUGGUGUGGCCGCACGGCGGACCGCAUUCCGCUUUCGUGAAUGCGUUCGCGUUAGAAACGGCCAUGUUUCAUUUGUUGGGCUUCGCGAGCGUGCAAAUAAACUACAGGGGUUCGAUCGGCAAUGGGGAUAGCUCCGUGCGUUUUCUGCCUCAGCGAAUCGGGCGCGUUGACGUCAUCGAUUGCAAGAUGGCGGCCGACGAAGUUAUAAAAUAUUACUCUAUAGAUGAGAAAAAAUUAUGUUUAUUCGGCGGUUCUCAUGGAGGGUUUUUGGUGGCACAUUUGAGUGGACAAUAUCCAGAUUUCUUUAAAGUGACUGUGUCUAGGAAUCCUGUUAUCGAUAUAAGCUCUAUGGCAUCGGUUUCGGAUAUACCGGAUUGGUGUUACGUAGAAGCCGGUAUCGAUUUCAACCAAUCCGGGCCGGUCACAGAAGAAGCUCUAUUAUCCAUGCGCCGUUGUUCCCCCAUAGUGCAUGUGCACAAAGUAAAGACACCUACCGCGCUUAUGUUGGGCUCAGUGGACAAGCGUGUGCCGGCCUACCAGGGGCUGGAGUAUGCAAAACGGCUGCACGCUAAUGGAUGUGUUUGUAGAGUUUUCAUGUAUGAAGACAAUCAUGCUCUGCGAACGCAAUCUGCUGAAAUGGACAACCUGAUAAAUGGUGUGGAAUGGUUCCUUACGCAUUUGAAAAAUUAAAUUUAGUUUAGAUUUUUAUUUGCAUUUUUUUUACACGUUUUCUGUUAAGUUUUCCCGAUAAAUGUAUUUAGCCUUAUUAGUAUAGUCGAAUCAAAAGUAUUAAAAAAUCUCUAAAAACUGCCAUGAUACCAUUAUAUUUUUUUAAGGAAUAUUACCGUUUCUAAUUAUUCAGUUUUAUGGCAAAACGUAGUCACGGAUUUGUUAUUGUAUAAGUUCUUUAGAUGAUAAGAAUAUGUAUUGAAGCUUCCAAUUUGUAUUUAAAACGGAUAUUUUUGAAUAAAUUUUG